ACCCAGGGCAAGGCAUGGCGUCCUCAGAGUCAGACACAGGCGACGCUGCCCUGCUGGACGCGCCAGAGGCCCAAACAGGUGAGGAGGAAGUCCAGCUCUGCCCGUUCUUUUUGAAGGGGAAGUGUCACUUCGGUCUCCGAUGUCGUUUGUCUCACAAGUCGGUCCAGCUGGUGUGUGAAGUCACCAGCAGCUCAGGGGCCCCCGUAGAAGCUGCUGCACAUGCUAUUGGGCUGGAGGAAGAAAAGCAAAGGAAGAAGAAGGCAAACAGGAACAAAACAGCAAAGGAGGCGAAAGAGGAGGCGGACAAAAAGCCUCGCAUGCGCACCGCUGAUGACAUCAUCUCUCGCAUCCUGUGGGACCCCUCUGUGGACGCCUCGCACUUCCUGGUGGGCUACACCGACCGCUUCCUGGGGGUGCUGGAGCGCCCCUUCCCCGACUUCAACUGGGACGUCAAGCCGUGCGACUGCGACUACACGACCGAGCUGGCGCUGCCCAGACACAGAAUCCAGUACUUCGCCUACGAGGGGACCCGAGUCUGGGACCGCCACAGCAGGACCGACCGCGUGUUUGGUUCCACCGGACAAUCUCUGGCUCCCCCCUUUGGAGGGCAGGCGGAAGUAGAAGAAAGGCAUCAAGACCCAGGAGAGGAUCCACCUGCUGCACAUCUGGAUCAGGACCAUGUGAAUGCUGCUGACUCAGCACAAGCAUCCCUGGAAUGGCGGCGAGUUGCGGAGGAGGCUGCAAACAGUGCCACGGCCUCGUCACAUAGAGAAGAGCCACUCAAAGAGGGAACGGCUGAUGGAGGAGAAGGUUCUGAAAGGCAGGACAAUCCGAAUCUACCUGCAGCUGCUGAGCAAAGACUCAAAGGAACAUCAGAAGUCUCUCCAUCAGAAGUUGACUGAAGCUGAAGCGGAGGUAGAGGUAGAGGUGGAGGUGGAGUUGGAGGUGGAGGACCAGGAGGGGGGAGGGUCUUCACUGACUCGGCAGACCACAAGGUGGGCAAAGGUUCCUCACGUUGGCACCUGUGUGCUAACGCUUCCAUAUUGUCAAGUACACAAUCACAUCCAAAUAUGAGAAUCAUGCUCAGUGAGGGUCGACUAAUGACUCCUUGUGGCUUGUGCAGCCCUUUGAGACACUCGUGAUUAAACUUUGAUUGAUUGAUUGAUUCAACAGCACUUUUGGGGGAACUCUGCCCACAUUCACAAUCUCCAUGUAAGACAAGAACACACAUCUUUUUUAUGCAUUCUAAGUCGUAAAAUACGGCGAGUAAGAGGUGGCUAACAACGCAGCUAACGGGAGUACACUAGUGAUGAAACAUCCAAAAAGUGGCAACAAUACUUCAUUCACCUCUUCAUUUUAAAAAGCAAUACUGUAUCUACUGUAUUCAUUAGGACUGUCCUCAGUUUUGAUCAACGUUUAAGGUCCCGGGGACCCGAAUGUGUCUCAGUCAUUAGAGUUUUAAAAACAAGUCAGAUUUAGUUUUAACGCUAAAAUAUCUAGAAGUCAACUUCAAAUCUAUCUGUUGACAUAAAGUUUUAUUUUCAAAAACUAUUUUAUGUCCUUUUUGACAAAGAAAAAACUUUUUUAGGGCAAAAACUCAAUGUGUAAUAUUUUACCCCCCCAAAAAUAUUUAAAGUGGAAUGUUUGAUGUGAAGUAAUUAGAACAUCAAAUAGAUCAAUAAUUCAGAAGAACAAUGCUUUUAAUAUUUAAAAUUUUAACAAGGAUUGUUUAAAAAAUCACACUAAAGGUCUCAUGGAUCCAGAUGGGUCUCAGUCAUUAAAGUGUUACAAACAAGUCAAAUAUCUUUUUUAUUUUAUUUUUAAUGCUAAAAUAUCUAUAAAUAAACUUCAGAUCAAUUUGUUGACAAAGUUUCAAUUUCAAAAACUAUUUUAUGCUCUUUUUGACAAAGAAACAACUUUUUUAUGGCAAAAACUCAAAAUGUGUAAUAUUUUACCCCCAAAAAUAUUUAAAGUGGAAUGUUUGAUGUGAAGUAAUUGGAAGAUCAAAUAGAUCAAUAAUUCAGAAGAACAAUGCUUUUAAUAUUUUUUUUUUUUUUUUUUUUUAACAAGGAUAGUUUAAAAAAAAUCACACUAAAGGUCUCAGGGACCCAAAUGGGUCUCAGUCAUUAAAGUGUUACAAACAAGUCAAAUAUAUUUGUUAUUUUAUUUUUAAUGCUAAAAUAUCUAUAAAUAAACUUCAGAUCAAUUUGUUGACAAAGUUUUAAUUUCAAAAUAUGUUUUAUGCUCUUUUUGACAAAGAAAAAACUUUUUUAUGGCAAAAACUCAAAAUGUGUAAUAUUUUACCCCCCAAAAAAUAUUUAAAGUGGACAGUUUGAUGUGAAGUAAUUGGAAGAUGAAAUAGAUAAAUAAUUCAUGUCAGGACGUGGACUAUGGUGUGGUUGUUUUCCCGAGAUGCAAGUGAACUUGGACCGGACAUGGCGUGAAAGUAAUGGCAUCUUUAUUUUAACACUAAUAAAAGGAAUAAACACAAAAGGCGCGCACAAGGGCAGAAGUACAAAACUGGGCUAAUGAAACAAAAACUUGCACAAAGACAGAAACUAUGAACAUGAAAAGGAAAACAACACUUACUGUGGCGUGAAACAGCAUGAAAACUAUGGCAUGGAACUAUGGCUUGCAAUGAAAAGUAGAAAGGAUAGAUAAUGUCACCAGGACGAUCAACAGAAACACACAGGCUUAAAUAGCAGUGACAUGAUCAGUGACAGGUGUGCGAGUGCAAAGCGUGAGACAGGUGCGUGACAUGAGGACAGGUGAAAACUAAUGGGUAGUCAUGGAAACAAAAACAAUGGAGCGUAAACAGAAACUAAAGAGUCCAAUAACUAAACUAAACAAAACAUGAUCCAAAAGACAUGACAAUUAAGAAGAACAAUGUUUUUAAUAUUUAUUUGUAUUUAUUUUUUAACAAGGAUAGUUUAAAAAAAAUCACACUAAAGGUCUCAGGGAUCCAAAUGAGUCUCAGUCAUUAAAGUGUUACAAACAAGUCAAAUAUAUGUUUUAUUUUAUUUUCAAUGUUAAAAUAUCUAUAAAUAAACUUCAGAUCUAUUCGUUGACAGAGUUUUAAUUUAAAAAAAUUAUUUUAUCUCUUUUUGACAAAGCAAAACAUUUUUUUGUGGCAAAAACUCAAAAUAUGUAAUAUUUAUGUAUAUGUAAUAUUUGCCACAAACAUUUUUGAAAUUGAAUAUUUGAUGUGAAGUAAUUGGAGCAUUGGUCAGUUGGUCAAUAAUUCAGAAGAACAAUGCUUUUAAUUUAUUAAUUUAUUUAACAAGAAUAGUUUAAAAAAAAAUUACACUAAAGGUCUCAGAGAUCCAAAUGGGUCUCAGUCAUUAAAGUGUUACAAACAAGUCUUGUUUUUUACAUUUUCAAUGCAAAAAAUAUUUAUAAAUCAAUUUCAGAUCUAUUUGUUGACAUAACGGUUAUAUCCUUUUUGACAAAGAAAACCCUGUUUUUUAUGGCCAAAACUCAAAAUAUGUAAUAUAUUUAAAGUGGAAUAUUUGAUGAGUAGUAAUUGGUCAGUCAAUAAUUCAAAAUAACAAUGCUUUUAAUGUUGUUGUUUUUUUUAUUAUACAAGCAUAGUUUGGAGGAAAAAAAAUCACACUAAAGAUCUCAGGGACCCAAAUGGGUCUCAGUCGUUAAAGUGUUGAAAACAAACAUUUAAAAAAGAUAUUCAAUGCUAAAAUAUCUAUAAAUCAACUUCAGACAUAAAGUUUUGAUUUCCAAAAACUAUUUUAUGCCCUUUUUGACAAAGAAAAAACCCUGUUUUUUAUGGCCAAAACUAAAAAUAUGUAAUAUUUUACCCCAAAAAAUAUUUAAAGUGGAAUAUUUGAUGUGUAGUAAUUGGUCAGUCAAUAAUUCAGAAUAACAAUGCUUUUAAUGUUUUUUUUUUUUUAUUAAACAAGGAUAGUUAAAAAAAAAAAAAAUCACACUAAAAAUCUCAGGGACCUAAAUGGGUCUCAGUCAUUAAAGUGUUAAAAACAAACAUUUUUU